GAGGACUCAUGAGUCCUUUUACUGCCAAGCAUAAAACUGAGCAAAAAAACUUUUAUGAUCUUUUAGUUAUUUUAAGUACCUUCUUUAUGUGAGUAUAUGUAUAUAAUAUUGAUAUGUAUUCGUAUAAACAUGUGCUGCGUUUUGCACAUAUCUCACUGGGUUUACUGCUACACUCUUCCUCCUCCUCGAUCUGUUCUGAGAUUUGUCUGUAUACGACUUACAGACACAAAUUCCAAAGUGGACCAAGUUACUGUGUGACAUGAGCAGGCACGACACAGCCUUGUGCACGCUGCCUCAUGUCUAACCCUCCUCCCUCUGUAGUCCCACCCAGAAAGAAAAAAGCUCCUGUUCAGGAUUCAGUCACAUGCUAACUCAGACUGAGCACAGAUCUGUGUCAAGCUCCUCUCAGGGACAAGUUUUUCUACAGGGAUGAUGGCUCAUGCAUUGACUGCUGGUCCCUGGUUGCAGAGGUAUACUAACAAACUGGGUGACAAUACUGAGGCACAAAAGACAGAUGUGAACUAAGAUUAUUGUUGGAUGAAGAAGCCAAGAACAAAGCAAUGAAGUCACACUUGCCUUUUCUCUGCACAUCUGCAAUAGGUGUGUGUGACCUAUAAUGGAACUCAGACAAGCUCGAUUUGAGAGUAGGAAUUCAAGAUUACCUUAUUGGACUUGAAGUGAAAGGAUUGGAAAGGAUUGGAAAGCAUUGUUAAGGUAUCAGAAUGUUUAUGAAUUUCAGGAGGGUCCGAAAAUGUCAGUUCCUACAGCUAAUUUCCAUGUGCUGUGUCCUCUCGACACUCAUGCUGUGCUGGGAACAGGUGGAACAUCACGUUGUGAGCCAUAUGAAGUCCUACUCCUACCGCUACCUGAUCAACAGCUACGACUUCAUCAAUGAGUCCUUCAGUGUGAGCCGUGCAGAGGCGACCAGCUUCGGUAACUUUCCAUACCUCUUAGACCACAAGGACAUGUGCAGAGGGAAGGACGUGCUGCUUCUUCUCUUUGUUAAAACUUCCCCGGAGAACUUUUUGAGAAGGCAGGCGAUUCGGUCCACAUGGGGGAACCAGACUUACAUCAAGAAGGAGCUGGGUGUCAAUGUGAAGGUGGUGUUUGUUAUGGGUAUCCACCCAGAUGGACACAAACGAGAUGCCAUUCAGAAACAGCUCCAGGCUGAGGACCAGAUACACAGAGACUUGGUCCAGCAGGCUUUUAUGGACACUUUCCACAACCUGACCAUGAAACUCCUGCUGCAAUUCCGCUGGGCGCAUGCCAACUGUGCCCAUGCUCAGUUUUUAAUGUCUGCCGACGAUGACAUCUUCGUCCACUUGCCCAACCUGGUCCGCUCUCUCCAAGAGCUCAGUGCUCAGGGUGUUGUGGAUCUCUGGGUGGGACACGUUCACCGUGGUGCGCCUCCUAUUCGACGCAAGGACAGCAAAUAUUACAUGCCCGUCCAGAUGUACCAGUGGUCCUCCUACCCAGACUACACAGCAGGAGCAGGUUAUGUAGUGUCCGGGGACGUAGCCACCAAAAUUUACCAGGCCACUUUGUCCCUUAAUGCCUCUCUCCACAUUGAUGACGUUUUCAUGGGCAUCUGCGCAAUCACCGCUGGGGUCUCACCCCAGGAACAUGUUUACUUCUCAGGUGAGGGAAAAGCCCCCUACCACCCAUGCAUUUAUGAGAAGAUGAUCACCUCUCAUGGACAUGAGAAUGAUGUCGGCUAUCUUUGGAAGGUUGCGACUGCCCCAGAGGUAAAUGGCAUCUCUUCAGGUUUCUUUGGGAAACUAUACUGCACAGCUGUGAAAAUCGGGCUGCUCUGUCGGCCUUACUUUACAAACACCUAUUCUUGCAAAGCAGCCUUUUUAUGAAGGACUAUGAGAUCUACUCUGUCAAUCAGUAUUUAAUUGUACAUCUUAAUGUUAGGUAUUUUCCAUGUUCUAAUAAAAAUACCAAAGCCAUUUACUUAAGAA